GCGGGCGCGGACGGCGGGCGGCCAGGUGAGCCUCCGGCCCGGGCGGCGGGCGGCCAGGACACCAUGUUUGCACGGGGGUUGAAGAGGAAGUGCGCGGAUGGCGAGGAGGACGGGGAAGGAGCCCUGGCCGCCCUCCGGGCUGCGCCCUCCUACAGCCUGCAGCGGCAGUCGCUCCUGGACAUGUCGCUGGUCAAGCUCCAGCUCUGCCACAUGCUGGUCGAACCCAACCUCUGCCGCUCGGUCCUCAUAGCCAACACAGUCCGGCAGAUCCAGGAAGAGAUGACCCAGGAUGGGACUUGGCGGGUGACGGCGCCCCAGACGGUGGGGCGGGCGCCACUCGACCGCCUCGUCUCCACGGAGAUCCUGUGUCGCUCAGCACGAGAGGCGGAGCCCCCUGGCCCUGGCUUGGGGGACGGCCACGCGCCAGACAUGGUUUCUGAACUCUGCGUGGUCCCAUCUGCACAGGCCCUGCAGAGCCCACAGAGCAGCGUUUGGGAAGUGGACAGCCCUCGAGAAAACAGAGGGAGCUUUCCGAAGUCGUUAGAUCAGAUAUUUGAAACCCUGGAUAGUAAAACUCCCGGUGCCGUGGAGGAGCUGUUUUCAGACGUGGACAGCUCCUACUAUGACCUGGACGCCGUGCUGACGGGCAUGGUGGGUGGCGCCAAGUCGGGCCACAGUGACACGCUCGAUGCCUUGGCCUCUGCGCCCGCCCCGCCACCUAGCUCCAGCUGUAAGGACCUGGGUGAAUUGGACCACGUGGUGGAGAUCCUGGUGGAGACCUGAGCCGGCUGCGUGCCCACGACUGGGAGUGGCCGCAUUAGAAGGCCCCUGAGAACACCCAGAGCGCCGGGGCUGGGAGUGCGCCUGCCCCCGCCACGGGGUCAGCCCUGGUUUGUCUGCGGGGAGGACAGUGUCCCACCUCCCCUCCCGCUUCCUCCCCGAGGGGGCCGGGCACUUUUCCUACAGGCUGGUCCUCCUCUGGCCGACCUCCUGCCAGCCCCGGGCCCUCGUCCCCCCUGUGUCCCGCUACAGCUCCAUGGAGGGCACGCCGUCAGCUGCAUCCAGCAUCGUUUAACUUUAGAUAGGUGACUUUUUUAAAAUUAAGUUUUAUACAUUUUGGGCAAUAUUUUGUCUUAAGGUCUAUUUUUUAAACUUUUUAUACUUUUAUCUCUAGAUUUUUUCAGCUAUUUUCUUAAAAUUAUAUUUUUUCUAUCAACAUCUUCUGCUGCUACAUUAGAAACGUUUAUAACCUGAACAGCUGCAGUCGGUGUGUUCACUUUUACGGUAUAAACGAGGACUCGCCUUUUGUACGACACGCGUCCCUGCACUCUGGGUCAGCGGGUGUGUCGCGAUCUUCACUCCCACCGGUGCCUGAGCCUCCGUUGGCUCUGUUCAGGGAGAGCGCCGUUCAGCUCGAGCGCCUCACCCCGCGGCGCCUUCGUCCCUGGGUGUCGUCACAGAUCUGCGUGCGAGCCGCGUCUCUGUUAGACGUAGCGCAGACUGGGGAGGGUUUUAUUUAUGCCUAUUUAUACGUGAGGGUCGUUGGAGACGCUGGUCAGCUAUCUGGGGCAGUGCCUCCUGAGGAUCUGACUCUCGGGCCCCUCAGGAGGCCCCGGCGCGUGCUGUAGACCCCCCUAGCCAGCCAGGCUGCUGGACCUGCCUUCGCCGGGCCAAGGCGCGAGGAGGCUGCCAUGUGCCAGCCAUGUUCAGGAAGGGUGCGUGUCUGUGUACUGCUCAAUUGGAGGGUGCCCACGCUUAAACUGGUGCUGGGACAAGACUUUAAGAUUAAAUUUAAGAAUUCUUUAAUUCUUCAGAAUUAAAGAAAUCUGGACACAUGUCCUUUAUGCCCUUGAUCUUGAGGGCAACUGAUGGUGGGCUUGGCGGGGCACUGCCGUCUAAGAGGGCUUGGGGGUGCAGUGUGUGCACCCUGGGACCCUGCCUCGGGCGCCGAGACCACCCACGCCUCGAGAUCUUAUUUUCAGAUUUACAAGUAAGACUGUCCUCUCCCCCACGCCCCCAACACUUUCCUGUUUCCUUAGAAAGGUUUGUUUCUUGUGCAUAUGACCGUUUCAAUAUCAGUGAUGUACACCUCAUUUUAUUAAAAGUUAUCCAACACA